AUGGAGGCCAUGAUGGACGCCUUCACCACGGGCGUCCCACCCAGCACCCUGGCAUGCUUCUGGAUCUUGCUGCACCACGACCGCGAUGGCGCCGACAUUGUGGCUGCCCAGAAAUGGGUCGCUCAGAGUGGGAGACCCACACCUCACAAAAAAUACAAGAGAUACGUAGAUCGAUUGCCGAGACGGCUCACCCACCAUCCCUGUCACUCUCGUUGUGAUGUCUCUGCUUGUAGAGUUUGGUCUGGAUGAGAGGCAGCUGGAGCUGCUGCAGCACGGCACCACCACCGCCAAGAGGACAUCCAGGCCGCCGAAGCCCCCUGUCCCAUCCAACGAGCCCCCUGAGAGCCUGCAGGCGGCUGAGGAGAAGGCCCUGCAGGCGGUCGAGGCGCUGCUGAGAGAGGAGGAGCAGGAGAAGGUGAUGCAGCGGGACAAGGCGGCUGGUGGGGGGAAGGGCGGCAAGAACGGGCGGAAGAAGGGCAAGGGACGGGCAACGGCGAGUGCGUCAUCCUCAACGAAAGAUACGCCCAUGGCCUCAGACGUGUAGGGAGAUGAGAUGACAGGGCACGUGAGACAUGGCUGUGUUCCUAUGCGAAUGUGUUGCACUCUCACAGGGCUGUUAAAGACUCAGAAGAUAACGGCGAUGUCAUGGUGCCGCCCGACGACCGCCCUUCCAGCUCUACGUGAGAUCCGCGACACCCGCCGACUGGCAUGGCACGAUCGUCAUUCACACCUCAUGUCUUUCUGCAGCGGUUUGGUCGUUGAAGAGGCCUCCGCUGCUGCUGAUGAUGGUGCCCCGGCGGCUUUGGAAGGCCUUGUUCGCGUCGUCAAUCGCAGGAGGAAGAAGAAGGGCAAGGGCAAGGCGGCGGGGCUGGACACAGGCCCCUUGCCCCCGAUGCCUGCUGACAGCUAUCAUGUCUCUAGGUAGGCUAACCCAUGCAAUGCGAUGGAUCGAUCACCUGAGCCGAUUUGCUCGUCAUGGGUGUCACUCUCUGUGUGUCCUUUGCUUGCAGCACUGCGUCUGGCCCGUUUCAGGAAGGAGGUCUGUCGCGUGACGAUAGCAGCGACAGCCUGGGCGCCACAGCGGACGGGUGAGACGACGUCACUUCACACUGCCGCCGUUUCUGAACUUCAAGCUGCGUAUGUGUAUGUGUGCAGCGGUGGAUCUGCCGGUGAGGGUAGGGAUGCGUUGGUGUCGAAGCUCAUACAGCAACUCGAAGAGGCACGGCAAAGGUCAGCAAAGGCGGAAAACCUGAACGGACAUGAUGAUUGUCCAGUGACUCUUGUCUGUCUCUGUCUCCCUUCAGGCUUGCCGAGGCGAGUCUUCAGCGUGCCUCUUCGUCUUCCUCCUCUCUGCCCCCCGGACGGAAGGAGGACUGCAGCAUCUGCUUCGGCGAGCACGGUCACGCGGCCAUUAUGUUCAUCCCCUGUCGCCACCUGUGUCUCUGCAACCACUGCUACACAUCACACAAGGCGCGACACGAGCAGCAGAUGCAGACAGCCAAGGAGCAGCGCAGCAAGGGCAUGGACGUGCCCCUGCCUGAGUUCCGCUGUGCCUGCUGUGGUGAGAAAGCGGUGUUUGCCGGCACACGGGCCGAGGCGAAUAUGUGGAUCAACCAGCCCUACACGUGGCAGCCGUAGAUAGAAAAGAUGAUAGAGAUGGGAUAAGUGGGUAGGGUGCAUACACUCAUGACAGAGCUGGCUGUGCAUUCUGGGCUCGACACAUGUGCUCCGUAGAGAGGGAUGGGCAGCAUGAUGAUAGGGGUGGGUCAGGUGCUGCCAGGGUGUUGUCAGAAAGAGAUAGAUUGGGAGUGGGUCACGCAGACGAUGCUUUGAUGCAUCCAUGUCAUGGUGAUGAUGCAAACACACACGGCAAGAGAUAGGGUGAACGCAGAAGCGAU